AUGCCUUUAAAGUUUGUCAAAUCACAGCGUAGUCAAAAUUUAUUACUCUAUGAAGAUUCUGAUACGAGAAACGGGAAUAUUAUUGGUACUAUUCCUACACAUGAUCAUAGUGGUAGCAUUGUUGCUGUACAGGUUAAAAUAGCUAACAAAAAAAUAAAAAAAAAAGCUGUAAAGAGUAAUGAUAAACCAGUGGAUGUGGUUGCGAGUUCACUGCGUGGUGUAUUAUCUCCAGUAGCUGCCAAUCUACCUAAGAUGUUGUCAUUGACACGUGCUGUACAGCGUGCUCGUAGAAAUAAUCCAGAUGUCUAUCUAAUUGCGCCUAAUAAAACCAAAACAACUUAUGUGAAUUUUUUAAAAAUAUUGCGUGAUCGCAUUCCUAAUUAUCAGCCUCAGCGUUUAAUGGUUGAUUUUGAACACGCGUUUAUCGAAGCUUUUAAAGAGGUGUAUUCUGGUGUUCAAAUAAACGGUUGUAAUUUUCAUUUCACUAAAUGUGUGUGGAAACAUGUACAAAAGUAUGAUCAUCAAAAAAAGUACAAUGAAGAUAUAAAGUUUUCAAUGAAUGUACGUCUGCUAAUGGGAUUAGCUUUUGUGCCGUCUGAAGAUGUCAUCGCUGCAUUUGAAGAAAUUGUGUCUUCAGAAUAUUAUGACCUCAAUAGUGAUUGUUUCGAAGAAUUACUAGAAUAUUUUGAAUUAACCUGGAUAGGUAAAGUCAAACAUAAUAAAAAUAAGCGGGACAAACCAAUGUUUCCUAUUAAAUUGUGGAAUUGUCAAACUGCAGUGAUCCAUGAUUAUCUACGAUCUAAUAAUCCAUGCGAGGGUUGGAAUUCAGGUUUUAAUAAACGUGUGGGUCAGGCUCAUCCUGUUAUGGAGGAAUUGGUAAAGUCACUCAAGGAUGAACAAGUUAAAACUGACGUUCUGAUGACUCAGAUUGAAUCUGGUUUGGACGUUACCAAUACACGCCUAAAAGCUUAUCGUAAUUACACCGAGCGUUUGAAAAGUGUUGUACUCAAUUAUGAUGCUAACAAGAAGUAUGAGUAUCUGAAUAAUGUAGCUAAAAUAUAA